UGGAUUAUCCAGUAAUAAUGGGGUUUGAACCUCUAGUCAAUCAGCGUCUCUUACCUCCAACGUUUCCACGUUACACCAGACUACGAACACGUAAAGAAGCUAUGAAUUACUUAGAAGAAAUGGUAGGACGCCUUCGGCACAUCACAAAAAUUACACACUGCACAAGCUUCCAUUCUGCUCUGGAAUUCAUCGAAUAUUUCUCCGAAAGUCGUCCAUGUGUCUUGUCAAGAUCGUUGGCACAGGUGUUGUACCUUGGGGGUGAUAAACUUUGGGGAGGUCAGGCUAUGGCAGAGGCACUGAGAGAAGCUGCCCGAGGCUUCAUCUGUCCUCCAGCACUCUUACCAAAAGCACCAGUAAUGAAUAAUGUUCAGGCCAAAGAUUAUGUUGACUCAUUCUUCAACCGAUGUGUUAGACCGUUUGAACAGCUCAUCCAGACAUGUGGGCACAACCGAGCACGUCAGCGAGACAAGGUGGCUCAUCUCUUGGAGGAAUUUGCAAUGUUGCAAGAUGAAGCAGAUAAAGUGGAUGCCUAUCUACACAAUGUUUUACUGAAGAGUGACCAACCAAGACCACAUCUAGCAUACCUGGGCACCUGGGUCCUCUACCACACGUUAAGGUUGAUGAUCAAAUACCUGCUAACUGGCUUCACAUUAGAGCUGUAUGCAGUACACGAGUACCACUAUGUCUACUGGUAUCUCUAUGAGUUUGUUUACGUGUGGUUGGUGAGUGCACUGUCCCGGGCAGACGCGAUGCUUCUAGAGCAAGAUGGCUAUGAAACUAACAAAAGCGGCAAGAGUGGACGAUCGUCUAAAAACAAAAACAGAAAUAAAAAGAAGCAUCGGCCGUAUGGUAAAGAGAUCACAUACAAUCAAGCUCUUCAGCAUCUGUGUGGAGGCUACUAUAAAGCAAUGCUAGGUUUGAGAGAGGCAGGAAAAGUGAAACUUCCUCUUCAAGAAUUUGACAGUGAACAAGUUCGCUAUGAGCAUCGCUUCCUGCCAUUCAGUGUGGUUAUGACUCCACCUCCUGUACAUUAUGAUCAGUUCCUCUCCAUGACUGACUUGUCCAACUUUCCCCAGCCUGUGUCAGCAGCCACACUCUACCAUGAUGCAAGAAACCAUUUCUUCAAGGCCCGCUCUCUGCUGGAGACUAUACAUGCUGCCAGCACUGAGGUGCAGCAGCUGUUGAAGGUAGUUAAAACCAACUUUGUCGUAAUGAAACUGCUGGAGGGCGGGCAUAAGGCAGAUGACCCCAGCCGGCCCCAGUUUGACUUCACCACCCAUCCAUGCUUUCCAAUUAUAAAGAUUUAGCAGAAGGCUGUGAGGAAGAGGUCCCCAAAGGAUCUCCUCCCAAUCCAUGAACUUGAAGAAGCAAGAUAAAUUGGGUAGAUAAUUAUCAAGAAGACAUUUAGUAUAGCACCUACAAUUGAGCACCAAAUGUUCAGAAUCUAAUAUUUCAGAAAAUUGUAAAGUUUGUUUUGGUACUUAGACAUUGAUGUUAUCUGGAUUUGUACUAUAGUAUUUUGUCUAUGAAAUUAUUCCUUGAAAUCUUACCAUAGAUUUUCACAGGAUGGAUGAUAAGUUCCAAACAGUCACGUCCCCAUGUUGAUCUGAACUGCAACUGCUCAACUGUAUUAACUACGCAGCAAAACCCUGGUAAUAUGCAUUGCUGAAGUGAAUUAUUAUUAUUAUGUCAAAUAAAAUAGGACCAUAUUUUAAUAUACUAUAGACUAGAUAAAAACAGUAAUAUUUUAUAAAGUAAGAAGAAGAUGUUAUAAUGUAGAACUGAUCAGGUAAAAUGUGGCAGCUUGCAUAAGCCUUAAGGCUGCUUGAAGUGACGGAAUAUAUCUAGUGUUGAUUUUGUUACAUAUUGUUUAUACUGCAGUACUCAGCAAGAAGUGCGAAGAACACUGCUGCUGUACACAGCUAUCAGGAACACUGCUGCACACAGCUGUCAGGAACACUGUUGCACACAGCUGUCAGGAACACUGCUGCACACAGCUGUCAGGAACACUUCUGCACACAGCUGUCAGGAACACUGCUACACACAGCUGUCAGGAACACUUCUGCACACAGCUGUCAGGAACACUGCUACACACAGCUGUCAGGAACACUGCUACACACAGCUGUCAGGAACACUGCUGCACACACCUGUCAGGAACACUGCUGCACACACCUGUCAGGAACACUGCUGCACACAGCUGUCAGGAACACUGCUGCACACAGCUGUCAUGAACACUGCUGCACACAGCUGUCAUGAACACUGCUGCACACAGCUGUCAUGAACACUGCUGCACACAGCUGUCAGGAACACUGCUACACACAGCUGUCAGGAACACUGCUACACACAGCUGUCAGGAACACUGCUGCACACAGCUGUCAGGAACACUGCUGCACACAGCUGUCAGGAACACUGCUGCACACAGCUUUCAGGAACACUGCUGCACACAGCUGUCAGGAACACUGCUGCACACAGCUGUCAGGACCGUUGCUGCGCACAGGGGCCAGGAACAUUGCUGCUGCACACAUUAUCAGGGUUUUGCUAUACAUGUCUGUCUCUAAUUUAUAAACAAUGAACUUUAGACAAUUGUCGAAGAAAAUUGAAUGGAAAUAAACAUUAAUGCGUGAGAUAAUAUAAAAUACUAUAUAGUAAAUGGUACAUAAUGUUGAUGUGUAGUAUUGUUGGUUGUGAGAGUGAGAUUUUCACUAGUGGGCAAACAUAAUGUUGGUAACUCCUCAUGAAAGAGAGAGAGAGAGAGAGAGAGUGAGUCACAGGUGAGUUUUAUCUUAAUUUUAUUAUAUAAUAUUUAUUAUUACUUUGUGAAGCAUAUUUGUUUAAUAUUUUCAAUAUAGUACAAAGCAGGUCAUUAAUGAAGCUGACUGAUGAAGCUUCCACACUGCUUGCCACUACAAUAUAUACUUUAAACAAGGUGAAAAUUGUGUUGGGAAAUGUUUCAUUUUAUUCACUUCUUUAGGCUGACUAAGCUACACUUAUUUUGGCAUCUUGGAUCUUAUUGGGUAUCCCUGGAUGGGGGCAAACCUAUUGUGGUUAUCACUCUUUUCUUCCCCAAGCAAAGCCUAGGUUUCUGUGUGAUAACUUGAGAGUGUAUCAUCUGAUCAGCUUCAAACUUUUAGUAUUUGUGCUUCUUAUUUAAAGGAAUGUUUGGAUUGUUAUUGAGCUGUGUAAAUGCCAGUUUAAUUGAAACUGGAAACAUUUAAAUGUGAGCUAACUGAUUGGCUUGAAAGCUUCAGUGCUGAUGUAUCUUGUAUAGAGAAACCUUGGGAUUGUUAUUGUAUUUGAAAAUUUUUACUUGAAACCCUCAGUUGUCCUUGUCUGAUAGCUCUUAGGAGGCAUGCAAAUGCCUGUUAAAAAAAAACUGAAGGAUUGUAGAGAAUUUGAAAUAGAAUGUAAUGUAAUUUCAAAAGAUAACUGAAAGAUACGGUAAGCCCUUAAUUUAACGGUACAAUAGAGGACAGCAGGUGGCUGUUGACGGUAAUUGUGGUGGAUAGAGAUAACAUGGUCUUGCUGUCAUCAUAAUAUUAACAGACAAUUUUCUAACCAACACGUUGUUGUCUGAAUACAUUGACCCAAUGGAUUUUGCUCUAAAUUUCCAAAGUCCGUUAAAUCAAUGGUUCACUGUAUUGAAAAUUUGCAUUUUUAUGGUCUUAACUUUGGAAAGUUUAGUGAACUCUUAAACUUUUUUUUUUUUGUACUGCUUUAUUGGAGAGCCAGUCAUAAACUCAGGUACAGUU